AAGAGAUGGUUACAAAACCUGAAUUACACACAACAACAUUCCUCUGUGACAGUAAUAUCAUAUGAUCACAGGGCAGAGUCGGGUUAACUGGGGUUAUUUAGCUACUGUUCCUGUUCUUUUAUCCAUUCGUAUCUAUCUGAGCGCGUUCUUUCUCUUUAAGGAGAGUUGCAGUAGCAGCAUGUUGGCCGCUCAGGAAAACCGUGUGAUUGCUCUAGAAGAAUGGGAGGAAAAAUGGCAGCAGGAUAAGAUAGGCUUCCACCAUCCCCAUGUUCACAAAAUGCUAGAGGCCAACAUUGACAAAGUGGUAGCAGGUCGGACUGGAAUCAAGUUCUUCUUCCCUCUCUGUGGAAAAGCUGUAGAUAUGAAAUGGACUGCAGAGUUGGGUCACACUGUAGUUGGAGUGGAGCUGACAGAAAAAGCCAUUCGACAGUUUUUUGAAGAGAGUGAAAUGAGUUACACUGAGGAGAAUGUGCCAACCAUCCCUGGAGCUAAAGUGUUUAGGAACUCUGAGAAAACGGUUUCACUUUAUCAGUGCGAUAUCUACAAGUUCUCCAGUUCCCUUGAAGGUCAGUUUGGAGCCAUUUGGGACAGAGGUGCUCUCGUCGCCAUCAACCCCAAAGACAGAGAGAAAUAUGCUGCUCUGAUGGUUUCUCUGAUGGCCCCUGACUGCAGGUACCUCUUGGACACUCUGCUCUAUAAUCCUGAGUUACAUAAAGCGCUUCACAGGUCCUCCAUUUUUUGUACCGGAUGAACAAGUGUUGAGCCUGUAUGGGUCCAACUGUGAUAUUGAGCUGUUGCAGGAAGCCGAUGCCUUCAGUGAAAAAGCCAAAAACUGGGGCCUGGACUACCUCACGGAGAAAGUGCAUCUACUAGUUUUAAAGAACAACUGACUUUCUUAACUUUUUUAACUAAUGUUUUUAUGGUUUAUAGAGUUAAAAUUUAAAUAAAGUGUAUGAAAUACCUGAA